GUAUGGACCAUAAACAAUUGGGCUUUAAAAGACAAAUUCAAGACAAUUCCUUAUACAGACAGUUUGUAACUGCGACAAUUAAAAGACGUAUAAGAAGCAAACAUGUUCUUGUCAUACUUGGCAUUUAUCACAGCAACAUUAACAGUGUUUGUCCAGUGUCAUGAUUGUAAAGAUUAUGACCUAUCAGCCUCUGACCAGUCUUUGGUAGAUAUGAUGAAACAUUACCUCCAUACCUCUAGGAAAGAGGAAUGCCCUCCUGGAGUAAAGCCAUCUACAUCAGGCGUGACAUAUGUACGUUGGGGAAAGAAAGAAUGCCCGAAAGGAGUUGAUAUGGUAUAUACAGGACAAGUCGGAGGAAAUGAUUAUGCGAACAAAGGAGGAGGUGUCAAUAAUUUAUGCCUACCAAACGAUCCAGAAAAUGGCAAACCCUUGUCAGGAGCUGAUAACUCCCAGUUAUUUGGUACCGAAUAUGAGACUACGUCCAAAUUAAAGCCAUCAGGAAUGAGAGAUAUGUAUCAAAUGGAAGUACCAUGUGCAGUAUGCCAUCAAAGAAAGAAAUCGGUUCUACUAAUGAUACCAGGCAGAAAAACAUGCUAUAAGGGCUGGACAUCAGAAUAUAGUGGUUAUCUUCUAUCGGGUCAUAAGACUACCAGUAGUAAGGACUAUGCUUGUGUGGACGAGAAUGCCGAACCGCUCGACAAUAAAUCUAGCAACGAAAAUGGGGCUUUAUUUUAUGCAAUUAGUACCAAAUGUGGCAGUUUGAGGUGUCCUCCAUACAAGGAUGCAGUAGAGGUGCAAUGCGUUGUUUGUACAAAAUAA